AAAGGACGGGCUCCUGUCGAGCAGAUCUCAGCCGCCGAGGAGCUUCACCCACCCAGACACACAACAGAGGCGUCAGGAUGAAAGAGGAGGUUGAAAUCGGAACCCGGUUCAUCUCCCGGUUGGUGAACCGUCACGAGAAGCUGAAGAAAGACCGAGUGGAGCGCUUCGGCGAGUGCCUGACCAAGAUACUCUGCGAGCGAUUCAAUGAGCAUUGGUAUCCAGAUAACCCGCUGAAAGGACAGGCGUAUAGAUGCAUCCGGAUCAAUAGGAAGCACCACAUUGAUGAUUCCCUCCUAAAGGCGUGCACGGCCUGCGGUCUGGAUUAUUCAGAAUUAGCAUUGCCCAGGGAAAUUUCCAUCUGGAUUGAUCCUGGGGAAGUCUGCUGCAGGCUUGGUGAGAAUAACCAGUACUUCACGGUGAAGGAAGAGGAGAACAUCAGCGGGAAGUCAACUCCAGAGCCGGAGACGUCAGAUUAUCACUCAGAAUCCCCCUCCGAGAAUUCAGAGGAUGAAAGUCUGGCCAAGUUUUCUAAGACAACAAAUCUGGGCAAAACUCGGCCGGCUGGGAAAAACAGUCCCAAACAGCCUACCCAGUAUUUCUACGUUCCAGCCCCUCUGUGGGUCCCGUGCCCUCAAAAUGUGGUCAGCUACAUUCCAACCUACCAGCCAUUGGCGUUCUACUACGUUGACGUCCCCUCGAAAUCACCUGUGCCCAGAAAACCCAACCCGAAUCUCGUGAAACGCCUUACCAAACGGGGCUCCAAAGUCUGAAGACGUGUUGAGUGGACAUCUUGGUCCCUCAACAUCUCAAAUCCUGCCUAGAAUAUGGCCUUGUUUACACUGACAUUGGGACCCGUGGGAAGAAAACAAUUGUUUUAUUCUCUUUCAGGUGGUUGAGUAACUCUUGGCUAUUCUCCUCAGGUGGGGAAUCACCAAGAGUUACCCUCUUCACCUUCGGAACCCCCCCCCCAAGCCAAAAAGAUUGUGGGGGGGGAGGGGUGGCACUGCCUUGUUUCUAUGGUGCCAAACAAGUGUAGCAUUAGCAUUGUAUAUUAUUUAGCACUUCAGCGUAGUAGGGGUAAAACUGGAGACCUGGGUUUCUUCUAUGUUGCACUCAGCAGGGGGAGUGGGAUCUAAGAGUUAGAGCAGAAAGCGGAGGGAACGAGGAUGGGAAAAGGUUUGGUUGUGGAAACUGAAAGAACCAA